UUCGUCGUCCUCUCACGUGCCCGGCAUGUGGAUUGGAAGUAUCAUGUUGUUCGCGCAUCGCGCGUCAGCUUCCCAUCUGGUUUCGCCAGCCAGUGUCCCAUGUGACCGUCCGUCCUUCUUUCUAUGCGUCUGCUGCAUUUGCUUUCUUCCCGCUCCCUUCUCUCUCCAACUGCAUUUACUUCUCCCCACAAUGUUGCUCUGCCACUUACCCGCAUGCUCUGGAGCCUGCUGCAACAUUUUGUUGAGCUCUGGUAUUCGGUUCUCCCAAGCCCAUAGCCUUCUUACCGGCCAAGGAGCUGCCACCUUCGCUGUCGGCUGCAUCGGUACAGAUCUUGUGCCGUUCGUUGGCCUCUCCUCCUCUUUUGUUGUAAGCUCUCUUCUUUGUCUUUUAUUUUCCUUUCCAGUGAGGUCCGAUCCUCUCUUCAAGUUUCCUCUGUUCAUUUUUUUUCCCUGGCAUUCCUAUUUUUUUCCCUUGUCCGGUGACGUGCAGCUUUCUGUUUUUUUGCUCGGUCACUGUCUUCUUUCCGCCCAAGGAGAUGCCAUCUUCGCUGUUGGUUGCAGCUGUCCGGAUCUUCUUCCAUUCGUUUGGAUCUCUUCCUCUUCCUUCGUUGUAAUCUGUCCAGUCAGCUUCAGUCCUUGCUACAAGUUUCCUUCUUUCUUCUUUUUUUUUUUUUGCCUGGAAUUCGUAUGUUUUGACGCCAUCAUCGCCGACCUUCAGUCCCAGCUUCAGUCCCUCGAUGCCUCCCUUUCCAACGCUUCCGACAAACUCACCCUUGCUGACCAAGAAAAGGACCCAGGCAGACAUAAAAAACUAGAGACACCAAAAGUUGUUACACCUAGAGCUGUUACUAAGGGAACAAAGGGACAAGUUCAUACAAAUUCAUCUAAUAUAGGUGAUCUGUUUUCAGAAGGAUCUCUGAAUCCUUAUGCAGAUGAUCCCUAUGCAUUUGAUUAGAGUAUGAAGUGUUUGGGUCGACUGUGAAGAAGCCAGUGCAAAAAAAAAAAAAGGAUUUGUCUACAAAAAAGGUUGCUUCUACCCACUGAUUAUUCUAUAAGAUUUAUUGCAUGCAUUGUUUUCUAUGUCCUGAGCUACAUUAGACGAGGAAACUUUUUUAAACGUUUAGCUUGUUCAAUAUUGAUUAGGUAUAAUGCUAUGAGAUCAUUUUGGUAAAUCUGCAGUCUGGCAUGAAUACUAAAUGUUCAGUUGUUCUUGAUACUGCUAAGGAGCUGUUUCUCUUAGUUAAGUUGUUUGUAGUAUCAAAUCACUGCUGCAUCUGGAUUUUGGCAGGAACUGUAUCAUGCAAUAGAAGGCUUUGCAAAUGGAGGAUGAAACUUUUUAAUUCUAGACAUUUUAGCACACAAAAAAUGUACAUUGCAACUGUAAUAAUGUUCCUUCAUUGAUAAACAAGAAUUAAAUGUUUGCAUGUGUCUGAAAUGCGAAAUUGCCUGUUUUCGUGGCUCCAAAACUCUUAUCUGGAAGUUUGAUUGCUAUAAUAACACAGAGCUCUUGUUAAAGAUGUAUGGCCAAUAUUGCAUUCCCCUCUGCAUCUUGAUUUUUUGUGAAAAGAAAUUAUGUUGAUUUUUCGUGUCACUUUUGUUUGUGCCUCCAAUCUUUUACCCCAACGGUAUCGUGCCACGUGAGAAAACUAAAAUCAAUUGAGGGUGUCUUGUCAACAUAUAAGACUAUUUGUAUACCUUGGUUGAGGUCAGGGAAUGUAUGAUUUCCCUAGGUGCAUCGUGGAUUUGUUAUUAGUUAUUAGUUUUUAAAAACUCUAUGUAUUCCUUGGUUUCCUUUUUUUUGGUGGUUAAUGUUAUUUUUGUUAUAGAGCAUGGAUCUGGCUCACUUUUCAUGAUGAUACUGGGUGUGUAAAUGUUAUUGCAUUAGGUGUCGAAGCUAAGAAGCUGAUUGGUGUUAGCGCGCUUGACAUGUUUGAGGCUGCUGACGAUGAGGUUAUGUGUUGCUCUAUUCUCAUGCAUAGAUACCUGAACUUGGAGAUUGUUCAACUAUGUAGCCAGACCUUUAAGUUGUACCAUCGUGUGGCUUGUCGAAUUGAACUGACCAGGCUCCUAUGCUAUUUUAAGCGUUCAUCCGAUGUGAUCAACAAAGUGACAUGCACUAAAUACGCUGUUGUUGCUUGCUACCCAGUUUAGAGAGGUUGUUUUUGGAUGCUUAUUUCUUGUGCUAUCUUGUCAGCUCGUGAACUUCUUUGAGCUUGUAGUGGCGUCGGUAUUAGUUUUGAGGCUUAUAUGCUAUUGAUACUAAUAGCAUUUAGUGGUUCUGUUCUUUUUAAAAAAUUUUCUUUGGGAUGCUUUGUUAUGCUGCCAGCUCAGAGCCUUUCUUCUUGGGCUGAGUUCUUAGGCAGCAGUAGUAUUUGGAAUAGUGAUAUGUAGACUAUAGACCACAUGUUUGUUACUUAGACGAUUCAUUCACUGGACAAUUACUAAACUUUGUUUUGUUUCUGCGUUUCUAAAGCCUAGAUCUUUGUAUAGUUCUUUAGCCUUUGGAGUUUUAAGCAACAAACAUUCCUUCUGUCCUAGCUGUUACUUUUGUUAUUCCAACUUAUUACAUCUAA